CCUCAGGCCUCCGCUCCAGACCAGAGAGGCCUCCUGGGCUUGAAUGAAGACGUCUUAUCUCACAUCGUAUCGGAUCUCCCCGCCCGCGAUGCCCUCAACUUGUCUGUCACAGCACACGGCAUCCACCUCAUUGCGAAACGGCAUGCUCUCUCUGUCGUGACGACGCGAUCCAAUGCGGCAAUCGUACGAAUCUGCACAUACAUGCUUGGCGACAUUCCCGGCCGUCUACAUUAUGUUCGAGAACUUACUAUCAACGUUGAUUUCGCCACCUCGACUGUUGAGCGCAGUCCGAUUGUGACUCGCUCCGAGGGGUCCGUAUGGAAUGAGCGUCAUAGCGACGAGCCUGCUGUACGCAUCCUUGUACCUCUCCUCGAGAAUGCGAUCAACCUCAGGUCGCUCUCACUAAGCCCCAUGGACAUUCUGCUACACGAGCAGCCCCGCAUUGGCCCCGCCAUCUCGGCUAUCACACAGCUGCGCUAUCUGGACUUACAGUGUCUCAUGGAUGACGCGGAGACCUGUAGGAUGCUGGAGGAGAUGCGCAGCAGGCCGGAGGAGGUAGGACUGUCUGUGUACUACCAUCCGAAGAGCAUCAACAAUAUACUCUCCAGCAUCCGAGGCAUGCAGACCAUCAAAAGCCUCACUUUGUCCCCUGACGGUGUCGCGGCGUCAUGCGAUGACCUGGACGACUGCCUUCGUUGGCCGUCGGUAUCGACACUGACCAUUCGCCGGUCUUGUCUCCCGAUCACUCUCGCCGCUCGUGUGUUUCCAAAUGUGCGGAAGCUACAAGUAGCAUCACCAUAUAGAGACCCUGAAGGUGCCUCAUGGUCGAGCCUGGAUUACCUAGAUGCACCAGUGCUAUUCUUGCGGGACUGGUCGCUCCCAUGUGCUGUUCACCAUAUAUCGGUACAUUCGGACUCGGGCCAUUGCGACUCUGACAUCUACCACGGCUUCAAGAGCGAUUUCGCGGGACAUAUUGUUCGGAUUCUACGAGAGACACGUCCAAAGGUGUUAUCGCUGCCGGUCUUGCCUUGGCCCGAUUUCAACCGAGCAUUCUGGACGGACGUUGCGAAGGCUGUGCCCUCUCUGCGUAGCCUAGAAGUUGAGCUCUGCAUUUUUCAAGACGAGACAGACUUGAUCCCUCGCCUCAUUCGAUAUAUGCUAAAACGAUCGCAGGGAGCACUGUCAGCUAUAAUUGGUAGCAUCGACAGUCUGGUACACAUAAGGAUAUCUGUGAGAUGCUCGUUGAUGAGAGAAAUCACCUACCCCAUCCGCUUUCCGACGAUACCAGACCCAUUCAUUCCAACGGUACUAGAAGCAGAUCAAAUGGCGUCGGCGCUGAUUGAACAUAUUCCCUCCCUCCGAUAUGUUACGUUCUUGUCGACCUACUCGACAUCCGGCAUCUCAUUAUCUUGGAAGAUCGGGUACUCUGAGGACCGUUGCUCAUUGGUGCCUAUACCGCGACACGUUGCAGAGGACGUUAAAGCGCGAAUCCAUGCACUCGAUUUUGACCCAGAGGUGGAUCUCAACGGGAAAGAAACCGGACCAUGGCUCUUAACUUACGAUCACGCAUGGUCGAUUGCCGUGGGAGCCCAGACCGCGAGAGACAUGAUAAGACCGCCUACGAACACACAGAAGGAUUCUGAAGUCCAGGUUGCAGCAAGUUGUGCUGAGGAUGACAUAGCAAAGCCUGUAAAAUCAAGUGUUCGUUCGAAGAUCUGGUCGCAUUUGCAAAGGGGAGGAGACAUCGUUAGAGUUUCUGAUACCGGUGUCACAAUGUGGGAAAUCAGGAUACGAUGGCGUCUGGCUACACGUGUCACGGUGUGCUCAAUACGCGUACCAUUGAGUGGGCCAGCGUUUGGUACUCCCGGAUCCGAAGCCAGUAGCAAAUUCCGCAAUCUAGGAUACAAUGAUCAAUAUGAAUGUACUCCUGAUUCGUGGACGUCGAGCCCAUGGACACCUCUUGGCGUCAGCGCCUCAGGCUAA